AUGCGUUUUCAGGGAAUAAGGACGUUUACAGCUUACGCACUAGCGCUGCUUCUUCUGGCUUCAUCUGUGUCCUAUACUUGGAGCGCACCUAAGGCCAGUUUUCAGCGGAGAAAUUGGACGCCCCAGGCAAUGUUGUAUCUUAAAGGCACACAAGGACGGCGAUUUGUAUCUGAGGACAGAAAAGAGGGGGAUGUAUUUGACUCAUUACAUCUAGAAACACGCAGUCAGAACACAGAGAACCUGAGUGUAUCCAAAGCUGCUGCCGUUCUUCUAAAUUUUCUCCAGCAAGCAAAAGAUGAUGGAGAAGACAAUGGAUUGUUUUUUCAGGAUAUACCGGCUUGGAAAAGAGACUACUUCUGAUUAACGUCUGUAAAUAUAACUGGACUGUCAUGUGUUUGUCUUCCUUUUUGCUUAAAU